ACCAUGUCUUCUGCUACCUCUUUCCACGAGUUCAAGCCCCUUGACAAGAAGGGCAACGUCUACGACCUGUCCAAGCUCAAGGGCAAGGUCGUCCUCGUCGUCAACACCGCCAGCAAGUGCGGUUUCACCCCUCAGUUCGAAGGCCUCGAGAAGCUCUACAAGGAACUCAAGGCCGCCCACCCCAACGAUGUUGAAUUCCUCGGCUUCCCCUGCAACCAGUUCGGCUCCCAAGACCCCGGCAACAAUGACACCAUCCAAGAGUUCUGCCAGCUCAACUACGGCGUCUCCUUCCCCGUCCUCGGCAAAACCGACGUCAACGGCGACAAGGCCGAGCCCGUCUUCGAGUGGAUGAAGAGCGAGCAGCCCGGUCUCAUGGGCCUGAAGAGAGUCAAGUGGAACUUUGAAAAGUUCCUGAUUGGCAAGGAUGGCAAGGUCAAGGGUAGAUGGGCUUCCACCACCAAGCCUGAGAGCUUGAAGGCUCCCAUCGAGGCUCAGCUCAAGGCUUAAAAAGUGCUGAGAUGAUGAGCUGCGCAGAGGGAGAGAGAAAGAUGGAGGAUGACAUAUGCAUGUUUUACAUGACUUGCGCGGAGAGACGUGGCGCGAGUCUAGUUGAUAACCCUGAUACCCGUGUGAUUUCUUACAGGCAAAUAUUCUAUCACGAGAAUGAGAAUGAU